ACAAGCAGCCUUUGUUCAGUCUUUGUUGACCAGCCGAGACUAGAGCAUGAACCGGCCGAGGGCAACCAUGAAGGCUUCGCUGAUUAUUAUGAAAAUAAUGAUAAUGGCAGGAUGCUGCGCUGCUUCCAUAUUGGGACCCAUUGAGACGCUGCCAGAGACAAACGACGGUGCGGAGAGAUCCAAAAUGAACGUCGUAAUGGAAGUCGGGCCGAUAAUCCAGUCGGCGAUGCAAUCUUUUCUUGCCGAACAAACAAAAGCAAUGGAUUUGCGCCUAAAGGAAUACGUGGACCGUACCUGUGGGGUAGCUGAGACAAACCACACUGUCCCGGAAAGCAUCAAGUUGCAUUUAGAACAAGAAGUGUCUCGUAUCCUAGCAGCAUUUGCAGACCAGAUGUCGUCAGCGGCCCAAAGUAUCUUAGAUCAACUUCAAUUGCGUUUUGAAACCAAAAUUGGAGUUGGCUUAGGAAACAACCGAGAGAGUUUGGAUGAAAACUCAUCCCCAGGAAGGAGUUCCAAAUUCAGUUCAGCCAGGACCAGGUCCAAAAGUGAUGAAGCCUUCAUUCGAUCGCUCGUCUCGGGAGCUGUGCAAAGCCAAGUCAAGUACCUCGCAAGCCGAUAUGACUUACAGAAACAAACGGAACACCUCGAUGAACAAUUGGGCAACAUUCAGUCACAAUCAGAAUCGGUCAUAGAUCAGAAAAUUUUGAAUUAUACGAAAGAAAUCCAUCGAAUUUUGUAUUCGUUCAAACCAAUUUAUGAAACGUUCCGGAACGUCGUUGAGACCUGCACCUUCAGAGAGGAGCAUCAACAACAGAUCGACAGGUUCGAACAACUCCUGCGAGAGCUGGACGCAGGGCAAGACCAGAACGGCCGCCGCGCCCUUCCUGACCUGGCCAUGUCCUCGGAAGCUGCGGAGGACUUCUCGGACGAAAGAUUCAACGCGAUGCAAAACCUCUCACGACAGAAUCUACCAACAAUGGCUGAACCAGAUGGCAACGAACAACAAGGACAAACAGGCGAUUGCGAGGAUAGCGAAUUCCUUGGCAGCUCACUCGACAUGAGAGUUUGCAACGCUGCUGUUCGCUACAAUAAAUGCUACAUUCAAAUGAUCGCUUAUCACUGCUGCCGAAGCUGCACAGAUGCAGGUCUUCUUCCUGAAACAGGCCCACACAGGUACAUGAAUCUGCCAAGAAAGAUCAGCCUCUUUCAAAUGCUGUAAUGAAACUUCUGGUUUGGAUGACUCAGAUUUUGCUGAUUGUCUGAAAACGAACGAUAUCUCUAACUUUGUUUCUCUAACCUGUCAUCUUUAGCCAGAACAAACUGCAAAUUUGUAAAACUGCAGACUUUUUUUCAUUAAAAAUAAAAUACUGUUGCCUGACGCAAACUCCUCGAUAUGGGCAACAACAGUAGCAACAGCGACAAGAAUUUUGUUGACCAUCUGAUAGAUUAUAUGUACAGGCGGAGCAGAUGGUAAACUAUCUUUGACUUUGUAAUACAGCAAGAACUUCGAAUAAAAUCUACAUAUAGUA